AAACAUAAAACAUUUGACUAGAGAAAUACAUGAGUGUUUGUAUUUCUAGUAUUAUCUCUGUGAGAACAAUAGGAAAGCUGGCAAGAAGCUGAGCAAAUAGGUCAGCAGAAAAGUACCCCGUAGUGUUAUAAGCCCUGUGUUUGUAAUAUGGUACUAAUAGAUAAGUGUCUGUGUUACAAGGCACAAGCAUCUUCCACUGCCUGCAUUACAUUCCUGGAGGCUAGUAAGACAUGAUGGUUAUUGCAAUGUUCUGCAGCAUCUGUAGUGUCACACUGCCAUGUGAUACCCCACCCAGACCCCUGCCCCCUCUACAGGGUGACUUGAAAUGAAGGAGCUAAUCUUACUCACUGUAUGAAGUGAAGAACACUUUAGAUAGGUAACCUGAAUUUGCCUGGGACAAGUUUUGUUUUAGGUCUUAACUCUCCACCUUCUUUUAAGACUAUGAAAUGUCUCUUAUGUUAGUUAUAAUUUAGGUUAUCCUAGGUAUCAGAAGCCCUCAUUCUAGACUAUACAUCUUACCAAAACGAUGCAAGAUUCUAUACACUCACAAAUCAAAAGUUGUCUCCAGUCCAAAAGUGUUUAAUACCUACAUAUAAGACUAAAAACCACAGACUUCUACAGUCAAAAGGAUGUACAAGGCCACAAUGAGAUGUUACUCGGAAGCUAGGCAGUGACCCUAAAACCCACCAUAUUUUUUUUUCAAUAUACUUUGUUAGAGCACCUUUUUUACUCAUCUAGACUGAUAUAUCCACCAGGUCUGUAGAUGAACAUGGAAAUAGAAAUGCAGAGAGAACUCUGGAGCCAAAAAGAAAACUUUUACUGGUUUUUGGUGCGAUAGCACUAUAAAUUGUACAUGUUCUUCCUGAUCACGCCCUCCUUCCAAGGGCAGAGAGAAUUAGCAGUUAGAAGAAAAUUUAUCUUGCAUAGAUCUUGACUCCUAAGCCCUAGUGUUGACUCUCAGCUUUUAAUCAUGACUGUCAGUGCUUCCUCUACAAAGAUCCCCAGGGUCCUUCUGUGAAAACACAUGAGCAUGCAGAGACUUCAGAAGAGGUGAUGAAGAUAACUCCCUAGAAGGGCUGGCAUUGCUCUGCUUUUGUUCCAGUGGAUAUAAGGAGAGGCUGAUCAUCUCUACUGCUGCCUUCUAGUAGCUGGCUUUAUGAAUUUUUUUCCUACUCUAAAAGUAUCUUUGACGUAAGUUCAUUGGCUCAUAGCCUAGGUGGCUAAUGAGUGAAGACAUGGAAACAGGGAGGACACGAAAGAAAAAUGAGAGAGAUUUAACAAACUAAACCAAAACAAUUCAAAGAGGAAGGCAAGUGGAAAAGGCAGACAGAAAGAAUGAUAAAACUACUGGAAAGACAAAGAAAGCCAGAGAGUAAGCAUUCUUGAAACUGGUACAAGCAAGAGCAGAGACAAUCAGAAGAGAGUGUUAUCAACUGUCAGCUCUGUUCUGCUUUUCCAGUGUCCACGGCAGUCACAGGCACAACGUUUCAUCACCUCAAUGGGUAAACUCACGCACUUUCUGUCACAUAUUCUUCACCCACCUAAGAGAAAAGUACCACAGUUCUAUUCCCAUCACGGCAAGGUAUCCCAGAAGAACACAUGAGUUUUGAUACAUCCUGUUCAGCUGGGCCCAGCUGCUGGUGUCCCAGGGAAGGGAAUGAGACACAGAGACUAGGCUGAAACAUUCAGGACGGAGACACAGGACUACAGAAAGCCAGGUACUGGGCAGAUGGUCUCAGGUACCCCUAUGGUAUCCUCUCCUCUACAACAGCAAAACUGUGCACUCAAGUCACUAAUUAUGGAAAUGACUGCAGACAUUUUUCUUUGUUUAGAUUGAAUUAUUUUUAAAAAUAUAUUUAGGAUUUUGUCUGGCUUUGCCUAAAUAAUAACACUAGUGACAGGAUAUUAUUUGCCGGCCUUGGUCUGAAUCUGGCUCUGAUCUCAGCACUGUUUAUUCAGGGUCUAAAGCCAUUCUGCUAAAAUUCGUUUAAGAUUAUUCUGUCUCCUUCUCCAGUCUACAGCUCCAUUAGUGUCCUUACUGUCACUAACAGACUCUCUCCCAUAUGUUGUCUUUCAUUAAAAAACAAGCAAAUGACCUCUGUAUUAAUUCUGAAGGAGUGUUUCUAUGUGGCACGAACACCUCCUCCGGCCAUGUUCAAAGGGCAAUUUCCAGGACAUGCCAGCAGAGACCAGUCUUGUCACACUUUAAUGUUCAUCUGUAACCUGCCAAAAGGAAAAGUGGUGUAGGCUCUGAAUCCAGAUAAGUGUGAGGGAGAGAAGAGAGGAAAGACAGUUCCCUCGUUUUUAUUUCCAUGUCUCUCAAGCUGUGCAAAACUUCAGACAAGGAAAGGCGAGAACAUGCAUGCAAGAGACAUUUAGGGCCGUGUUUUCUAACAAUGGUAUCAUUUCAGUGGGGGAAUUUCACAGAAGAGUAGCAAUCAUAUCACUUACACCAAUCCUGCUACAAGAAAGCAGGCAGAACCACAGACACCCUGAGCUUCAGUUCUUCUCAUAAACAUUCAGUACUUUCAGCCACAAACCCUUAAAAUUAAGCAACAGCCCCUUUUCAGGUCAUAUCUGUGUACUGAAAAGGCAAGGGGGUGGAAGAAGAGAAUGUGUAAGAUUGCAGCCUGUGGUGGGUUGACCCUCACCGGCUGCCAGCUGCCCACCGAAUCCCCUAUCUCUCCCCCUCCUCAGAAGGACACUGCAGGGCAGUGGGAAAUGAGAUGAGAAAGUACUCAUGGGUCAAGAGAAAGGCAGUUUAACAAAGAAAAAUCAAAGGCUGCAUGCAGAAGCAAAGGGAAACAAGAAGACCGAUUCUCUACUGCCCAUCAGCAGUGCCUCUGGCCCACAGUGCUCCAGGACCCCUCCCUAGCAGCAGAGCUCAGGCACUAUGAAAGAAGACAUAACUUUUCUUAUUCCUCAAAAGAGAACAUAACAAAAAAGAGCAGCAGCAAGAGGUAUGCCUUAAAUUCAGGACAAGAAAAAUCCAUGGAGAAAGUCUGAAGGAAUGAAAAAGAGCAAAAUCAUAAUGUCUUCACAGCAACUCCUGAAAUAUCCUCCCAAGUUCUUUCUGUGCUCCUCUGAAACGUGAGGCUUUGUCUUUACCACCCUGAGUCGGAAAGCAGAAGAGCAGAAGCUGCCAAAGAACUUCACAAAUGAAAUGUAUGCAGCCUUCACACUGGCACCUUCACUUCCACGGCACCUUUGGAACAGGAUGCAACAGCUGUAUAAUGAUGGAAAGCACACGGUGCACAUCUGUGUAAGUUGAGACAUGGAAAAUAGCAAAUGCAGUUGAGAGUGUCAGCAGAAAUUUAAUUUCCUGGGGGGAAGCCAGGGGUGGGCAAGAGAGGAGGAAAGCCCUGGUAGUGAAGAAACCAGAAACAGUAUGGAGGCUGUGCAGAGUUGGAGGCUGAUGCUACAGCAGAACGUAAAAAGAACAUGUAAGGUAUUUGUUGAAACUACUAGAACAGUGGUCUCCAAACAUUUUUGAUCGCAUGUCCCUAUCAAUAAAAUAUUUUUGAGCACAUGCCCCCAGUAGAUGUAUAUUUAGUAAUUGAUAAUUACUUACAUACAGUACUGAAGUUCUAGUAUUUUCACCCCACACACAUCUUGCAUACCCCCAGGGGUGCAUGCACCCCACUUUGGAGACCACUGCACUGGAACAUCAUAAACCAGGAGCUUGUCUCUGAUUCUGUAAUCUGAAAAGAUCAGAAGAUGCAACCCCCUUGCCCAGACACUCGCCUAGCCUCAGGUAGCUGGGGGCCUGAUGUUCCAAGGCCAGAUGGGGUGUAUUUCAACCAGCUUCUCCCAGGCAGGAGAGACUUGGGAAGAGAAAGUCAACAGUGCCUCCACCACCAAGCUCCAUCAGAUGCACUCAGAAACUCCUCUGCUUUACACCCCUGGGAAGCUUAUCUCUGUGAGCUCACAGUCUUGCCAGGUUUCCCUUUCCCAGGAUCUUGCAUCAGCUUGGACAAAUGUAUUUACUUUAUCUGAGUCCAGUGAUGACACAGCUGACUGAAAUACUUGAACUAGGAACAUGGAUUUCUAGAAAUGCAAGCUGCCAUUGCUUGCCCAUUCAUAAUACCUAACACAGCUGCCUUCCAUUCACCAACCCUCCUCCUUCCCAUGUGCCUGGAGCUGCCAGUACUCUGCUGCAGCAUCACUGCCUUAAAUGACAGGCUCAUUUGCAGCUGGAGGUGUACCCCCCAGAGUGUAUUUUUUGAAAGUCCCUGAAAAAUCCCUUGCCAUGGGUCUGUGGAAUGUUCAGCAGCAUUGAGCAAAAGAGGGUAUUUACAUUUCAGGUAGGCACUGCUCAUCUUAAAGAAAGGAAAGAGGGGUGGGAGAAGGUGUUCCAUUUUCAACCUGAAUGCAAAGGAGUCUCUUCAUCCUUCACAGCUCUCACAACCCCUGAAGGGCUGUUCUGAAGCAGUCUGUCUGCUGGAUGACCUCUGCGUUCUGCACCACAAACACCCUGUUUACCUUCCUUUGAGAUCAGUUUGCUCCAUGAGCUGCUUUGCUGGCACGCACCCUGGAGUUCUGGAAUUCACGAGAGCCUCUGGAACAGGUCCCCAAGAGGCAGACAGGAGCAUGGGAGGGACUUGGGUGAAGUGUGUUCACUCGACGUCUGCCAUCAAGGACUUAGGAACACAAGAGCCACAGAAACUAUGGCCCAGGACUUUUGCCAUGAGCUCUUGCAGUAGCUUGGGAAGGGGUCAGUAGUGCCCCCUCACUGAUUUAAGCAAGUAGCAUAAAGAGUCUCAGACAGACCUUUUUCUUCAAGAAGAUUACCAGCCAGACCUAUAUGAUGCCUUUCCUGCUGUUACGAAUAACUAUAAAGACCAGAGUAGAUUAAACAAGUAACAAGGGAAAACAAAACAAUACCAAGAUAAAGGCAGGUAUGGUUGAUCUUCCCAAUUCAGAUGCCGAAUUACUGGAUUUUGCUGAAAUUUGGGUGGAUACUAAAUGAAAUACUAAACCCUGUGAAAAGAAAGAAAAGAAAGCUGUCCUUCAUAGCCUAAAUGUUACCUAAUAGGUUAUUAGAGCUAUAUCUCAGGAAAAAUAUUGUUUUAAAAUAUCUGAUGACAGCCUGUCUCUAUGCCAAUGGCAUGUUUUGGACAAAGAAAUUAUAAAUCCACAGGGAGAUCAAAUUACAUUCUAUUGUAGAUUAAGAAUUGUUCUUGCCUUGCUCUACUUAGUCAUGAUGGGAUUAGACAGCUUUGGUAAUUUUUGCCAUGAUUAGUGCUAUUACAGACCUUUCCCUUUUCCAUGGGAAGUUUCCAAUCGUUAUUUGUUUCCCAGGAUAAAACAUGUUUGUAAGAAAACUGUGCACUGAUACCAGUUUAAAGCCUGAGACAAGUCAUUCAGCUCCUUGGAGGAGUCCCUGGCCAUGGACUUGUCCUUUAACAUGAAGGAAAAGUUCCCAUCUGGACAGUGCCGCUGUGUGUACCAGUCCUCCAGGGCUCUCAAAAAAGCUGAUCAAGAAAUGGAGUAGAAACAUUACUCCUAUUUAGUCUCUCAUGCCAUUUCAGCAUCUCAAACCACAUGACUUCUCUUUACAGUCACUUGAGGUUAUCCUAUGUCUUUCAGGAGCCAACAUGAUGAAGUUGGCAGCUGCUUGGAAAAUGAUUAUUCAUCAAAUGCAUUCAGUUUUAGCAAACUCAGCAUCAUGACAGCAAUUAUCGCUCUUUCAGAGAAGGAUUUCAGAAGAUCUGUUUUCUGUUCACAGGAUUUUUGUUCAUAUACAGUAUAACCAUAAACAUGAAUGUUAUUCUGAAAUUCUUCUGUGGCAAAAAUGAGUCUCUAUAGAACAUUCCAAAAUUGAAGAAAAAAAAAAAAAAAAAGAAAAAAGAAAGUGGUUUAGUACUUAGGCUGAUAUUAUAUAGAUUAGAUAAGAGAAAUUAUUUCAAAGAGAUAUGGUGUGUAUUCCCAUAUUUGAACAAUUUCAAUUGGGGGGGCACAAAAUAGGGUUUUUGUGCUCACUUAUUGAAAUUACUUAUGAAUAAUUUUAUUUGGGAAUGCACUGUGUUCUAUAUGACAAAAACACAUACAUUAGCUAAAAAAAGAAAUUUGCUAAAAUAAACUUAAUAACACUGAGAGUGUUUUUGGAGGUUUUUUGUUGCUGUUGUUUUUAUUUUUUUUCCAAACAAAUGUAUAGUAUCUUAGUCCAUUACCUACAAUAUUCAGCUUCCAGUAAAAAAUACGCAUUUUUAAGAAUGAUACCAUUAUCACAAAGGAAUGUCAAAGGGGUUUGAGGGUUGCUUUCAACAGGUGCUGUGUGUAAGAAUGAGGCAGACAAACAACUAUACAUCUUCCAAAGGCCAAACAUAUUUUUAAAUUGAAGGCUGCCCUCUAAAAUAAUUUAAAAUAGCUAUCUUAGGAAAGGUUUAUGAUUAACUGAUAUGUUAUUUGUACUUUCUACCAGCACCUGUUAAUGCCCACAUCUGGAUCUUCAAAUUUUUCACUGUGUACUUUUUGUCUGGAGAAAACCUUGGAUUAGAGAUAAGGCCAUUUCAAAAGAUGUAUUUCUAGCAGCUCACACUUCCAGUCCACCAGUCUGGGCUUGAGGCUGUGUCAAGAUGAUGAAAUACAUACUGUUUGUCACCUUUGUUGGUGUGGCUACUGCCAUCCCCAUCAAUGCUGCUGAUGAUGACAAGAUCGUUGGAGGCUACACCUGUGCGGCGAACUCUGUCCCCUAUCAGGUGUCCCUGAACUCUGGGUAUCACUUCUGUGGAGGUUCCCUCAUCAACAGCCAGUGGGUCCUGUCAGCUGCUCACUGCUACAAGUCUCGCAUCCAAGUGCAGCUUGGGAAACACAACCUGGCACUCUCAGAGUCGACCGAGCAGUUGAUUAACUCAGCUAAAGUCAUCCGCCACCCUGGCUACAGCUCAGCAACACUGGACAAUGACAUUAUGCUCAUCAAGCUUGCCAGGCCAGCCCAGCUCAACAGAGCUGUCCAAACCAUUCCUCUGCCUACCAGCUGUGUGGCACCAGGCACCACAUGCCUCAUCUCCGGAUGGGGCAACACUCUCAGCAGUACCGAUCCCUAUCCAGACACCUUGCAGUGCCUGAAGGCUCCUGUACUCCCCUCAAGCGAGUGCAGUGAAGCUUACCCUGGCCAAAUUACCAAGAACAUGAUAUGUGUAGGAUUCAUGGAGGGAGGAAAAGACUCCUGCCAGGGGGAUUCCGGCGGCCCAGUAGUGUGCAAUGGGCAGCUCCAGGGCAUUGUUUCCUGGGGCAUUGGAUGUGCGCAGAAAGGCUAUCCUGGGGUUUACACUAAGGUUUGCAAUUACGUCUCCUGGAUCACAGCAACUAUAUCUGCCAACUGAUAAUACUUUUGUUCUAUGUGACCUGCUUUUUCUCCUCAUCAUUUUCUUCUGUUUUGGGACUGGACAUGUGAAAAUUAUCAAAAAAUAAAGACUUUCAGUUACCA